UGGCUUGAGAAGUGUACAACGGCUGCCACCUCUAUCCAAUCUUUAACCAAGGAGAGAAUUGGAGCCACACUUGAGCAGUCCAUGUGCUGAAUUCAACAGCAAAUUCCGUGACGGCAUGUUUUGAAAUUCCGUGACGGCAUGAAAAACGUGACGGCACGGGUUUAUGUUAUGAUAAAUAAUGAUCAGAAUCCAUUCGCACAUCGACCAAACCACAUGCAGUUUAACUGAAGUUUGACCUUUGCCCCUUUCUGUUAUAUAUCUCCAUCCACUGCUCGCUGCUCUCUACACCAUUCACAGCUCUUGGCUACACAGAUAACAGAAAAGCUAGCCAGUACAUAGAAAUGGUGAGCAUACCUGAGAUUCAGAUACCACUGUCAGUACUGGGUUCAACGCCCAAUGCUAGUACUCACUGUUCUAGUAUUCCUCUCCUGGGCUAUGGAACAGCUUCGUGGCCUUUCGGGGAAUCAGAAGAAAUAAGGAAGGGAUCCAUUCUAACGGCUAUCAAGCUCGGGUACCGCCAUUUCGACACCGCUUCGGUGUACCAGUCCGAGCAGGGCCUCGGUGAAGCGAUCUCACGAGCUCUCGAACUCGGACUGAUCGAAUCUCGCGGCGAGUUGUUCGUCACGUCCAAGCUCUGGUGCUCCGACGUGCACCCCCACCGCGUCCUCCCCGCGCUUCAGGAUACGCUGCAGAAACUUGGGUUGGAGUAUUUGGAUCUGUAUCUAAUUCACUUUCCAGUAAGCAUGAAGCCAGCGGGAGGCUAUGUGGUGCCUUUCAACCAGAGUGAUCUUCUUCCCAUGGAUUUCAAGUCUGUUUGGGAAGCCAUGGAAGAAUGUCAUAAACUAGGACUCACUAAGAAUAUUGGAGUGAGCAAUUUCUCUGUCAAGAAGCUUCAACAGUUGCUUCUAACGGCAAAGAUCCCUCCAGCUGUUAAUCAAGUGGAGAUAAGCCCACUUUGGCAGCAAAAGAAGCUGAGGAAGUUCUGUGAGGACAAGGGCAUCCAUGUCACUGCAUACUCACCUUUAGGUGCUAAAGGAACUCUAUGGGGAACCGACCAAGUCAUGGAGUGUGAGAUACUCAAAGAAAUUGCUAGGGCCAAGGGGAAGACUCUUGCUCAGGUUUGCUUGAGAUGGGUUUACGAGCAGGGAGUGAGCGUACUGGUAAAGAGCUUCAACGAGGAGAGGAUGAGAGAAAAUCUCAACAUAUUUGGUUGGAAGCUAAGUUCAGAAGAGUGUCAAAAGAUUGAUCAAAUUCCACAACGGAAGGCGUAUCCUGGACUCGAGUUCGUAUCCGAUGCUGGCCCUUUCAAAUCUGUUGAGGAGCUCUGGGAUGAAGAAAUUUGAAUGUUAAUGAGUAAUAUAGUAGUAGAAUCUAUUAACUACGAAUAAGUUGGAUUUGGUUACGACCAACGGUUAUAACUGCUAGGAAUUGUUAUUUGUUCUUUUAAAAUAACACUUGUUUGGUAAUUUCAAGUCCGAUCCCACCAACUGCAAUCUAA